UCAAUUCUGCAAGUGGUUCUAAUUUACUAUCGCUGUUCUCUAGCUGGUCUAAAACCGCUUUUGACCUAAAGGGACACUUUUUGGACGCCAUGGACGUUUCUCAGUUUCCAGGCAGAAAGAACAGACAAAAUGCAGACAGGGCACAGGACAAAGCAGUAGGGACAAAAUGUAUGUGAAAUGGGUUGAAACAGCAAUGAAAAAAUUGAAAUUUUUUAACAUUUUUAAAUUUCCCGCCGCCGGCAGCGCCCGUACGUCCCGACGUCACAGGGACCGGAACACAGAAGCCGGAUGCCGGCAUCGGCCGGAGGAGAUGGCCAAGGACGCUGCAGGGGACACAUCGCGGGAGCGCAGGACAAGGUAAGCUCUGCAGGGAAUCCCUAUGCAGCGCCGCAUGGUAAGCCCGAGUGUAGCUCGGGGUUACCGCUUUUGAUACAGACAU